UCUUACCCAAAAAGAAACCCAAUACAAGUUAAGGGCCCAAAUACUUCAAAAGGCCGUAAAACUGAACAGAGCCCAAAUAUUUUUUCAAAACAGAAUAUAUAUAUUUCAAUUCAACACAAAAACCCUAAGGCAUCUAUCAGCAGCUGCAGGAGAUUAGCAAUAUCGCCGGCAGCCAUGGUGAAGUAUUCCAAUGAAUCAGCUAACCCUACCAAAUCUUGCAAAGCUAGGGGUUCGGCUCUCAGAGUCCAUUUCAAGAAUACUAGAGAAACAGCGCACGCCCUUAGGAAGAUGCCUUUGAACAAGGCAAAGAGCUACUUGGAGGAUGUUCUUGUGCACAAACAAGCCAUCCCCUUCACACGCUUUUGUCGUGGUGUUGGACGUACUGCUCAGGUUAAGGAUCGUCACUCAAAUGGACAAGGACGUUGGCCUGUCAAGUCUGCAAAGAUUAUUCUAGAUUUACUCAAGAAUGCCGAGAGUAAUGCUGAAGUUAAAGGCUUGGAUGUGGAUUCACUUUACAUAACUCACAUCCAAGUAAACCAAGCUCAGAAGCAGAGGCGUCGUACAUACCGUGCUCAUGGAAGAAUCAAUCCUUAUAUGUCACAUCCAUGCAAUAUCGAGCUGGUGUUGUCUGAAAAGGAAGAAUCUGUUAAGAAAGAGCCUGAGACUCAAUUGGCCCCCAGAAAGACAAAAGCAUCUUCUUGAGAGGAGGAUUGAAUCCCUGAAUUUUUGGAAGUAUAAUUUCAAUAUUCCUAUAGACUUGGUGUCAGAAGAAUCUAGUGCUAUUUCAAACAUUUCUUCAUAGGAAUUGGUUUUAUGUAAUUUUACUGUUUUGGAGUUUAAAUUGGGUUGUGCUUUUGAAGCAUUUUUCCAAGAAAUUUUCGAGUUCUAUAUUGUGAUCUUGCCUUUUCUAAGAUUGAAUUGGGAUAUUUAUAGUGUUCUGAUUGUGACA